AAUAAUAUAUACGUUAAGUAAGACAGCUGAAGUGAUCAGUAAUUUGUUACGGGCUGCGAAUAUAGCGCUCGACCGUCCAGAGACAUCAGCUGUGGUCUGGUAACUACAUACAGACAAUCAGCAUAAAAAUUAACGUGAUUUAAGAAAAUGGCUCUGUCUGGAAAAGUCGCUCUGGUUACCGGCGCCUCACGGGGUCUCGGGAAAGGUAUCGCUCUGCAACUGGGAGAAGCUGGAGCAACUGUUUAUAUAACAGGGCGCACUGUUACCCCUUCCAGCGGAGCGGCUGGACCGGGAAGUCUGCAACAUACUGCCGAGGAGGUGACAGCCCGAGGCGGCAAAGCCAUCCCGGUUGCCUGUGACCACAGCAAAGAUGAGGAUAUCGAGGGCGUAUUCCAGCAGAUCAUAAAGGAGCAGGGCCGACUGGAUAUCCUGGUCAACAAUGCCUACUCCGCCGUCAAUGCACUGCAGGAUAACUUCGGACGGCCGUUCUGGGAAAUUCCCGAAUCCAUCUGGGAUGACGUUAACAAUGUCGGACUCCGCAACCACUACAUCUGCUCCGUUAAAGCAGCCAAAAUUAUGGUUAAGCAGAAAUCCGGCCUGAUUGUCAAUGUGUCGUCCGGCGGUGGAAAGCAGUACAUUUUCACACCCUCCUAUGGAAUUGGCAAAGCAGCAUUCGAUCGUAUGGCGGCCGAUUGUGCUCUGGAACUGAAACCCCACAAUGUCACAUACGUUAGCCUGUGGCCGGGACCAGUUAAAACCGAGCUCAUCCAGGAAGGACUGGAGGCCAAGAAAGCCGGUAAGGCCCCGGCAUCCACGGAGACCCUCAAACUGGGCGCCAAUUCCUUCGUCCACCAAGCCAUGGCCAAUGGCGAAAGCGCGGAGUUCAGUGGAAAGUGCCUUGUCAGUCUCUUCCAAGAUCCCAAGAUGAUAGAGAAGACCGGAAAGAUUGUCACCACCGCAUCCCUGGGCGAGGAGUACAAUCUGGUUGAUAUUGAUGGACGCAAAAUCAAAGAUCUGCGAGGAUAAAACUCCUUAUUCUGGCUGCCGUGCAUGUCAUGCUGAUCCCAAAACUUCGCAAGGCCAAAAAUACUGUUUUUCUUCUGCAAAACGUAAUGUUGAGCAUGGAUACUUAGAAUAGGGCAUUCGAUGGAAAGUAUACCGUACUGUGGUGUGUGCAAACGAAAGUACAAUUCAUAUGUUUGAAAUUUGAAUUAUAUCACCAAGAGUACAAUUUACAAACAAAAUCGGAAUAAAAUCAUAUAAUUA